AUGGCUCUGGUCCAGACCCUAGCAUCACAAAUACCCAACAUCAAGUUCCGACAUCUAUGCAGAAGAGACCUCAGACAUGCUGAUGCCCUAGCAUACAUAUCAUCUAUGCUAAGGGAUGAAAGUGUCAAGGCCAUCAAGAUAACAAAAGUAUAUGAGCCUUCGAUCGCUCCACAACAAUCCUUCGUUACCAAUCGUGAAGACGAUGCAGGGGAGGAUAUUGCCGACGACAACGUAGGGGAAGAUAUCCACGAUGAUUUUGUCGAAGACGAUAUCUUAUCAAGAGCAAACGAAGACGGAGACUUCAGCAACGAGGAGGACUGGAGAACUGAAAUCCAUAUGUUCCUUGAAGAAGGAACGCUAUCUGCGGACCUGAAUCAAGCUCGAAAGAUACAGUCAAAAGCGGGAAGAUACGAUCUUCGUGACGGAAUUCUUUAUAAAAAGUCUUUCCUCGGACCUUUAUUACGUUAUUUAUCUAGGGAAGAGGGCCACCAUAUUCUGAAGGACAUCCACUAUGGGGACGCAUGCAACCACAGUGGAAUGAGGUCACUAGCCGAGAAAGCUAAAAUGCAAGGGUUCGGCAUUCCCGCAGAAAUUGUCUCCGAAAAUGGUAAGAAGCUGCAAGGAAAUAAUAUAGAUAUGUUCUUCGAUACUUUCAAGAUCAGAAAGAAUAAAUCGACUCCUACCUACCCCCAAAGUAAUGUCCAGGCCGAAGCCACGAACAAUACUCUGGGCCUUAUCCUCAAGAAAUCAUUAGAUGAACACAAGGGUCGGUGGUGUGAACAGCUGCAUAAUGUGCUAUGGGCAUAUCAAACCAAACGAAGAUCCGCCACCGGUGAAUCACCAUUCUUCCUCACUUAUGGAGCCGAAGAUGUGAUUUCGACAGAAAUCAUCAUGCCAACCAUGAAGACAGAAGCUUGGGAGAAGAACCUAACAGCGGAAUGA